AUGGCUUCUAAGAACAGAGACUGGGCCGACGACGACGAGGGCGACGAGGUCGCAGUAGAACUGCCUCCCCCGCAGACGAUCCAGAACAAGGAUGGCACCAAAACAACCAUCACGUACCGGUACAACGAGAACGGCCAAAAAGUCAAGACGACGCGGCGGAUCCGCCUGGUGACGCACCGCGAAGUCGUCAACCCUCGCGUAGCAGAGCGCAAGACGUGGCAGAAGUUCGGGCUGAGCGAGAAGGACGGGGCGGGCCCGCAGAUGGACACGACAUCCGUGGGCGAGAACAUCAUUUUCCGGCUGAGCACGAACUGGCGCAAGGACGUGAAGGACGAGGCGAAGGAGGGCGGCAGCGCCGCCAACGCGAUGAAGGAGAAGCUGAAAGAUAAGACCGUCAAGUGCCGUAUCUGCAACGGCGAGCACUUCACGGCGCGUUGCCCGUACAAGGAUACGAUGGCGCCGGUCGGUGCCGAGGGCUCGGCCGCGGAUGUCGCGGCGGGCGUCGCGGAUGAGAUGGCGGCUGCGCAGGGCGCGGCGGGAGCGGGGAAGAAGGGCAGUUAUGUCCCGCCUGCGCUUAGGGGUGAUAGGGGCGCGGCUGGGGGUGAGAGGAUGGGCGGCAGCAAGUAUGGCGAGCGCGAUGAUUUUGCUACGCUGCGUGUUACGAACGUCUCCGAGAUGGCGGAGGAGUCGGAGCUGCGCGACAUGUUCGAGCGGUUCGGCCGGGUGACGCGCGUGUUCCUGGCCAAGGACCGUGAGACGGGCCUGGCGAAGGGCUUCGCGUUCAUCAGCUUCGCGGACCGCAACGACGCCGUCAAGGCCUGCAACAAGAUGGACGGCUACGGCUUCAAGCACCUCAUCUUGCGUGUCGAGUUUGCUAAGAAGGCUGCUUAA